CCUGCAUGAAAUGGAAACAAGAACAACAAGUUUGAUUCUUUCUUCCACCCGCUGUUCUCGUGGUUGCCACACAGAAGGCUUUUAGAGGCGAAGAGAUCAUCCUCAGUUGUUUCUACCCUUUCUUUUAUGUUGUAUUUGCUCUGCCAUCGCAAUGCUGACAUCAAUUAAUCCUACUGUCGCAUUGGAGGGAGCAGUUGACCUCGUUGCAGCUGCUGCUCAUAUCUUAUCUAUAAAAGUAGACAUGGUUCUCUUAAGCAUUCCAUGAUCACCCCAGGACGUACGUGCGUCGACCAUGGAAGGAGAGACGGAGAUUGGGGAAACCAGUGUGGCGUUGCUGACGAAUGGGGAGGUGAAGGACGGGCCGGGAUUAGCGAGGAGGGCGUGGGCGGAGUUGAAGAAGCUGUGGGCGAUCGUCGGCCCGUCCAUGAUCGGUAGACUUGCCUUGCAGACCAUGUCCGUCAUCACGCAAGCCUACGCUGGGCAUAUCGGUGACCUCGAGCUUGCUUCCUUCGCCAUUGCCUUCACUGUCGUCGCAUUUUUGGCCUUCGGCUUACUGCUUGGCAUGGCCAGUGCGUUGGACACUUUAUGCGGGCAAGCCUUCGGAGCCAAGCGGUACCACAUGCUGGGGGUGUACAUGCAGCGAUCGAUGGUGGUGCUCUUCCUUUGCGCCCUCCUGCUCCUGCCCUUGUACAUCUUCGCCACCCCGUUACUGGAGUUACUGGGGCAGUCCAAGGAAAUCGCACGGGAAGCCGGAUAUCUCUCCUUGUGGCUGCUUCCUCUCCACUUCUCCUUUGCAAUUCUGUUCCCGCUGCAGAGGUUCCUCCAGUGCCAGCUCAAGAACUCCGUCAACGCCACCUUCACCGUCCUCGCUCUCCUCGUCCACAUCUUCAUCAGUUGGCUAUUCCUGGGGAAGCUUCAGCUCGGGUUGACGGCGGCGGCGCUGACGCUCGACUUCUCUUGGUGGAUGGCGGUGGCGGGUCAGUUUCUGUACGUCCCCAACGGGGGAUGUCCUCGAACUUGGAAGGGAUUCUCCUUCGAAGCAAUGGCCGGGCUGUGGGAGUACCUCAAACUGUCAGCCUCAUCUGGUGUCAUGCUAUGCUUGGAGAUUUGGUAUUACAGGGUACUUGUUCUACUGGCAGGCAACCUAAAGAACGCUGAAAUAGCAGUGGAUGCUCUGUCAGUGUGCAUGAACAUAAAUUCCUGGGAGAUGAUGAUUCCAUUAGCUUUCUUUGCUGGCACAGGAGUUCGGGUAGCUAAUGAGCUUGGAGCAGGCAAUGGAAAGGGAGCAAAGUUUGCCACCAUCGUCUCUGUCACGACAUCUGCAGCCAUAGGCCUCAUCUUCUGGUCCCUAAUCAUUGGUUUCCACGACAAGAUAGCUCUCAUCUUCUCGUCGAGUUCGGUUGUGCUUGAAGCCGUUGACAGGCUCAGUAUCCUAUUGGCAUUCACCGUUCUUCUCAACAGUGUUCAACCAGUUAUCUCCGGUGUUGCUGUUGGGUCAGGGUGGCAAGCAAUGGCGGCGUACGUAAACAUAGGUUCAUACUACUUCAUUGGAAUCCCCAUUGGGAUCUUUCUAGGAUGGAUUCUUAAACUUGGCGUACUGGGGAUAUGGGCUGGAAUGAUUGGUGGAACAGGCAUUCAGACAUUGAUAUUGACCAUUCUGACCAUUCGGUGUGACUGGGAUAGAGAGGUAACACAGUCAACCAUAUUCCUACCAAAAAUUUUACUCUGUUUCUUAUAA